AUGUCACUGGAUUACGCAUCGGCACUCUCUGAAUACGAAAAUAAGGGCGUUUGUGGGAUUCCUGAAGUACGUGAUCCGGACUACAUUUUUGAGCAAAAGGUAUCCGUUCUAACUGAUCUUUUGCGACACUCCUCAUACACCGUCGUCCACACCGGAGCAGGUUUGAGCACCUCCUCAGGGAUUCCUGAUUUUCGAGGACCCAAUGGUGUAUGGACCCUUGAAAAAAGGGGUAGGAAACCGGCUUUCAGUAAAUCAUUCACAGAGGCUCGACCCUCUGUUGGACACAUGGCUCUUGUGGCACUAGAAAGAGCAGGCUAUAUAAACUUCGUGAUUACACAGAAUAUUGACGGAUUGCACCUACGCUCAGGCUUUCCUAGAAACCGUCUAUCCAUUCUCCACGGUGAUGUAUUCAUGGAGAAAUGUGCUUCUUGUGGAACUGUUUAUGUGCGUUCCACAAAAAUAGUCCCCACGUUCGGUCUCAAGCCAACAGGAGCAGUAUGCACGAAAAUGAAGACGCGUGUUCGGCCAUGCGGAGGGAAGCUGAAGGACUCAGUGCUCGAUUGGGAGGAUGAAUUGCCAGAACCAGACUAUGCAAUUGCUGUUAAGGAGGCUCGGUGA